AUAAAUAUGGACUUACUGGAUGUUUACACAGUUGAUGGACAGCCGAACUUUUUGAUUACGUUUAGGUUUUAGGUAGUCGCCAUUUUGAUUUCCAAACCUGACUAUUUUUAUGUAUUUUUUUCCCCAUUUGGUCCUUUGGACUCCUGAAUAAUAAUUUACACCGUGUCAACACAGCCCUCCCAGCAGCAGCAGAGCUAGCCGCUGAGUAACACGGCUGUGUAAAUGACAUUGCAGCCGGUGGAAAGGGUAGUAUCGUUAAGCUAACAGCGCAGCCCUGAAUAGGCUGCGAUGGGCCUCCGAGUGACCUGACAACCAAAGUCGCCGAGUUGCAGUUCAGCUUCCAGAUGUCCACAGAUUAAACAAUGGCUCAAAGGUUGCACAGUGUCUGUGAGGCAAAUGGCUCUUUAGCAAGAUCCAACUGAGUAUACUUCUCCUUGUCCAAAUCAGAGUGUAUGCUACGGUGACGUCAGUCAUGUUUUGGAAGUUUGAUUUACACACAUCUUCUCAUCUGGAGGCUUUACUGGACAAGGAGGAUGUCACUCUCGCUGAGCUCAUGGAUGAGGAGGAUGUGCUGCAGGAGUGCAAGGCCCAAAACAGGAGGCUUCUUGUGUUCUUGUGCCAAGACCAGAGCAUGCAGGAGCUGGUUCGACUGAUUACUACAGAGCCUCCUACUGGUGUAGAGGAGACAAAGCGCUUCAAGUAUCCAAAUAUAGCAUGUGAGCUGCUGACAAGUGAUGUGGGAGUGAUCAAUGAUAAGCUGGGUAAUGAGGAGCCACUCCUGGAAAGCCUGUAUGCCUUCCUGGAGCAGCCAUCCCCACUUAACCCCCUCCUGGCAUCCUUCUUUAGCAAAACUAUUGGGAACCUCAUCACACGAAAGACUGAACAGGUGAUUAGUUUCCUGCAGAAGAAGGAUGGAUUUCUUUCCUUGGUCCUGAAGCAUAUUGACACGUCAGCCAUGAUGGAUGUGCUCCUACGCCUUAUCAGCUGUGUGGAGCCACCGCCUCUACGACUGGAGACACUUACUUGGCUGAAUGAACAAAAACUGGCCCAGAGACUCAUAGAGCUCAUUCACCCUGAGAGGGAUGAAGAGAGGCAGUCAAAUGCAUCGCAGACUUUGUGUGAUAUCAUUCGUCUGAGCAGAGACCAGGCCAGCCAGCUCCAAGAGAUUUCACAGCCUGACCCACUGCUGACUGUGCUUGAAUCGCAGGAGUGCGUGGAGCAGUUAUUGCAGAAUAUGUUCUCAGGAGAGAGAACUGAGAGCUGUAUCGUCAACGGGAUUCAGGUUCUUCUGACCUUACUGGAGAUCAGGAGGCCUGUGGUGGAUGGUGUAAUGGAUGCUCAGGGAUUUGAGAGAAGCUACACUGUUAACAGCAGUAUUUUGUUGGCCAUCCAGCCACACUUGAUACACUUCCACCAGCUACUUCUGGAGCCACCCAAGCGAGAGCCUAUGCUGACGACUUUGGGUGUGCUGGAGGAACCGCUGGGGAACACGCGUCUGCACGUAGCCAGACUAGUGGCUUCUCUGCUUUAUACCAGCUCUGCUAGCCACGCAGUCGUAGCACAGGAACUCUGCAGACUCAAUACACUGAACCUCCUUCUGGACCUGUUCUUCAAGUACACCUGGAACAACUUUCUGCAUCUCCAAGUGGAGCUUUGUGUUGCUGCUAUCGUCCGGCCCUGUGCCCACGAAAUGAGACUUCAGCCUGGCUUGGUUACCCAGGAAAAAGUCAAGCCUCAUCCAGAUGCAGCACCAGAACAGGAGUUGAACGAGACCCCGACUUCUGAACUAUCAGACAGAUCUGAAAACUCUGCUCAUAACCUAAUGGUGACUCAUUUGUUUCAGCACUGCCACCUCGUCCAAAGGAUUCUAGAGGCUUGGGAAGGAAAUGAUAAAAUUCAGUCAGAUCGUGGUAUGCGACGAGGCUACAUGGGGCAUCUGACCAGGAUCGCCAACACAGUGGUGCACAAUCUGGAGAAAGGCCCGGUUCACACCCAGAUCAGUAGCCUCAUUGCAGAGCUGCCAGAGGACUACAGAGGGCGCUGGGAAACCUUUGUAGAUCAAACGCUGUCUGAGACCAACAGAAAGAACACCAUAGACCUGGUUGGCACUGGCAACCCUCGUCCUUCCUCAGAGGAUGAUAUGGAGAGCCCCUUCCCCAAAGAACUGACAAUACAGCAGGCCUUUUCAGACUACCAGAUCCAGCAGAUGACAGCUAACUUUGUGGAUCAGUUUGGCUUUAAUGAUGAGGAGUUCACUGAUCAUGAUGACAGCAUUGGGGCAACUUUUGAUCGGAUUGCAGAGAUUAAUAUCAAUAUUGAUGCUGGCCAUGACAGUGCUAACACAGCUGUAUUUGAGGCUUGUUCCAAAGAGAGGAUUCAGCCCUUUGAUGAUGAGGAGGAGGACAUCUGGGAGGAGAAGGAGAUUAACUAUGCAACACAAGCCAAGUCCCGGAACAGGUUUGGUGGGUCACAGUCCUCCCAAAGCCAAGCAACCAGUAAGACCUGUGACAUGACAGAAACUUGUGAGAGCUCCAGCAGAGCAGCAGACUCAGACUCUGACGAGGGAGAAGACCCUAAAUAUGAUCUGGACCCUUUUGCAAGUCCGGACCAGACCGAGGCAACAACGAGCACUGGAUGGGUAGCAGACUUUGGAGAAGUGAAUUCAAAGGCUCCUGCAGCAGGAGCGGGCUUCUCAGCCUGGGACGCUCCAGUGUCUCAGCCAGCUGCAACAGAGGCCGAGGAGAAGGGAUGGGCCAAGUUCACAGACUUUCAGCCUUUUUGCUGCAGCUCUGAAACAGGCCCGAGAUGCAGCUCACCUGUGGACUCAGAGCUCAGUGGAUCAGACAUCCCCAAACCAAACCAAAACCCGUGUGUGUGGAGUGUUUGCGUGGCAAGGAAAGCACCACUAGUGGCAUCAGACAGCUCCUCCUCCAGCAGCUCCGACAGCGAUGAGGAAGAAAGAAAGACAGAAUCCACAUCCAGUGAGACGGUCACCACAGAGACCAUCACCACAGGUGCUGGCAAGGAGACCAUCCGGCUCACCGUUGACGCCAAAAAUGAGAGGGCAGUCUUCAGCAGAGUAUUCAGACCUGCAGUCAGACGCGACGUGCCAGUGGAAGGGCUCGCUAACGAUAAAGAAAGUGGCAAAGGUGAAAAAGGAAAGCAACAUGGGAACAGUUCCAGCCCAGUUACUGCUGAUUCGGCUAACCAGGCAGCUGCUGUUACACAAGAGAUGCAGUCCCCCGCUAAUGGACCGGCCUAACGAAGUGUUGCAGGAACACACUUCAUACCUGAUCAUUCAACACACAGCCACGCCACCUUUGCUUCCUCUUAGCAGUCCAUCAAUACCCUCGUUUGUGUCUAAAAGACAUGUAAGUGAAUGGAAGAUCCUUAGUGCAGAGCUCGAGCAGUAUUUAUAAUGGAUACCAGAAAUCAACACAUGGGUACUAGUGAUGUCUCUAACGCGCCUUCAUGACAUCAUUAUAAAUGAACCGCUUCAAAAAGAAUUGUGUGUUUUAUAAAAACAUUUCAUUGUGCCAGGCACACCAAAGCCAAACUGUGUUACAUACGAACUUUUUCAAGAUGAAUUUCUUUCCCGUUAAACUUGGAAAUGUAAACACCUUUAUCUGUCGGGAUCUGUUGAUGUGCCAGCUGCACUUUUAAUGUUAAGAAAACACCCUAUUCUGAAAUUUGACAUUUUAUUAAAUUAAGCACCGGGAUUUCAGAUUAUUUGGGUCUGUCUGCUCUCCAGGUAUAAAUAUGGUCCAGUGGAUUUUUUUUCUU